AUGGCCACACCGGCAGCCGUGCUUGGCCUCGAUGUGGGCACGACCGCGAUCAAGUGCUCGGUCACGACGGCCUCGCACGAGAUCCUCGGUCAAAGUAGUGCUACGAUCAACCACGCACCUGGCUCGGUCGUCGCCGUCUCGGCCAUCCUGCGGGCCUUGCAGGAGGCCCUGCGUUCGCUUGGCGCAUUGCUCGACGCGGUCCAGCUCGACGCCAUUGCCAUCUGCGGCCAGAUGCAUGGCAUCGUGUGGUGGUCGGCCGCGGAAGUCCCAUCGGCCGCCACCCACUUUGCCGACGCCCCGCACCCGCUGCCGUGGUCGGAGCUCAUUACGUGGCAAGACACGCGCUGCUCGCGACCGUUUCUUGACACCUUGCAGCAGCGCCGAGCGGCUCUUGCAGGCCCCGAGGCAUCGUCGCCGUCGCCUUUGGCGUCGGGCUACGGCGUGGCCACGUACGCACACGUCCUCGCGCACGCACCUGCGACGCUGGAGCGCUUUGAUACGUGCGGCACCAUCAUGGAUCUCGUCGCCUUUGUCCUCGCCGGCCUCUCGUCACCGGCGCACGCCUCUAUGGACACGACCAACGCGUUCAGCUGGGGCGGGUUCGAUCUCGCAACACUGUCCUGGGACGCUGCCACGCUGGACGCCUGUGGGAUUCCGCCGCAGAUGCUGCCGCGCGUGCGCCGGCCAGGCAUCGACGUGGUCGGUGAGUCGUCGGCGCCGGCAGCGGUCACCUUUGGCCUUCCGCUGGGUGUUCCCGUGUACGUGCCCAUGGGUGACCAUCCGUGUGCAGUUGCUGCCUUGCUCGACUCUGCCGCCCUCGACGCAACCUCGGCGCUCUUUGUCAACAUUGGCACCUCGGCCCAACUCGCCUUUGUGUUGGAGAGUGCGACGACUACGACUGAGAGCUCCAGCAGCGGCAGCUUUGAAGUGCGACCGUACUUUGACGCACAACAGAUCGCGGUCGUCGCCGCCUUGACGGGGGGAAACGUCUUUGCGGCCUUUGUCGCGUCCGCCAUCGAAUGGACACGUUGUCUGUGUCCGUCGGUGACCCUCGCACCGAGCGACGUCUACGCCACUGUGAUUGCAGCAGCCAAGCGCGAUACGACGCUGCAGUGCCGCCCGACCUUACUGGGCGAGCGCACGCCAGGCUUGGAGACCGGCACAUUGUCGCAGCUCGCCAUGGACAACUGGACACUGGGCGACAUGAGCGCGGCGAUUGCGAGAGGUAUCGUGGACAACCUCUUUGCGUUGCUCCCGACGCACCUCCAAGGAUCGCUCCAGUCGCGGUGUGUGGUCGGGAGCGGGAAUGCUCUGGUUCGCAACGAGCUCCUACGCUACUACAUCCAAGACCGCACGGGCGCGCCGCUACGCCUGGCACCGAGCAGCGACGCCUCGGUGGGGGCGACGCUCGUAGUAUGGCGCCACCUCGUGGCGUCGGGACAAAAGUCGUAUUCUGAAUGA